AUGUUUCUGAACGCUUCCUCGACAUCAGAAAGCGCGGGGAAGUUUUUGAGACAGUCAGUGGAGCUCUUUAAUACUAGCAUAUUGCUGGUACCAGGUAAUCCUUGCGUGAUUCACUCUGCUACGGGAUUCGAACAAUCCAAGCGCGUGAAGAGGGACCUGUUGGCUGGUAAACUUGCAGUCUCCACACACGAAAGUACCGAGGUCAGUGCGGAAACGGAGCGCCGGCGCACUAGGCGAUCCUGGAUAUUUCCCGGUACACUUUGGUGUGGCACGGGAACCAAAGCUAUCGAUUAUGAAGAAAUAGGUAUGUUCGAGAAGACUGACAAAUGCUGCCGGGAGCAUGACCACUGCAAGAACACCAUCCCUGCCUUCAGGGUCAACUACGGUGUCUUCAACUCCAACCUCUUCACCGUGUCACACUGUGACUGUGACCAAAGAUUCCGCCAGUGUCUCAUGGAAGUGAACGACCCCAUUUCCCAUAUGGUGGGCUACAGCUUCUUCAGUGUCCUGAAGGUCCCCUGCUUUGAGUUCACACAGAAGAAGCACUGCACCCAGAUCAGCUGGUGGGGCUUACACAAACCCUCCAAGCACCCCAAGGGCAGGCGACGAUGUGGCCAAAGGGGGCCGUCCCGGGGGGACACCUUCCGGCCCAGCCGAAGGAGAGCGGGUGGGUCGGGGCACAGCAAAGGGAGAAAAGCUACAGUGAAACUGACGAUGGCCUCUCCAGCACCGACGACCUCUACAUCCACAGUCAGUCCUGUGAGGAAGACCACAUCUUUGAGCACAGGAAAGAGAAGGAGCUCCCCGUCCCCUAUCAAACAGAGGAAACAGCUGCUGUCAGAGAACGCCCUGCCCACAGCCCUGCCCUGGGACCCGAAAAUGCAUGCCCCGAAAAACCUUCCUGCACCAGUGCAGGACACCAGAUACAAAGAUAAACUGCAGCUCUGUGAUUGCUACAAGCAGUUGGAUGAGUGCAAGUACAAGAUCCUCCCUUUGGAAGAAAGAUAUGGACUGCGCAACUUGGAGUCUAAGAUCCUAUACAACUGCAACUGCACUCGCAGGCUAGCCCGGCAGCUCAGGCAACUGAAGGAGCCCAGCGCUGUGCAGUCUCUGUUGCUGGACUUUGUGUCACUGUCCUGCUUUAAAAUGCCACGCAUCGAGGACUGCCCACAGAGGAAGCGAGGGCCUUGA